CAGAGACCGAACGCCGAAUGUCUCCUACCGACCGUCACCUGCCACUGCUUGUCUGUUUACAGCUGAUCCGUGUGUAGUGUGAAGAUGUCGGCCGCUUGUGGCAUGGCAAGGCAGGCCUUCUUGCGUUUGCCAUGAAUUUCUACUUUUAAGAAAAACAAAUUACAACGCAAAUCUCAUUUAUUUGCCGCAACUCGAGGCGUUCGCACCAAAUAUUUAACCUUAAGCGAUUGCGUUAUUAAGACUCUUCGGAAGGCAAACCGCGGUUCAUUCUCGAGUUGUAAGCAGUCUGUCUUGUGUCCUCGCAUUGCUUGACUAGUAAAAAUACAAAACAUCACCAGUUUCCUGUACACGGAUUUACAAGAAUAAAAAUUAAAUAAAUAAAAGUUAACCUUUAGAUAUUGUACCAAAAGAGAUCGCCUCAAAAAUAAUCAAAAACAUGCUAUCUACGCAUCAACAACUAACACCAAUAGAUCGCUAUGCUGUCGUUAUCGUGAUGCCCGCCAUAAUCUAUGCUCUGCUCUUCACACUGCCAAGCACCCUCGUCGGUGGGUAUACAAUCAAUUCAGAUAGGCUCUCAAAGCCCACCUCAGCGAUGGCCUCCAAAGUACUAUUUCAAAGUCCGUCGUUGGCAAACAUUUACAAAGAAAUGAUUGUAUCGUCGAAACCACUAAGUCUGCGCAAAUACGGCAAUGGUUCCAAGGUGAAAAAAACAAAAAAGGAAUCUAAAAUCUAUUACAUACCAAUACCUCCAAUGCCAUACCGCUACAUUCCCGGAGUGGGCUUUGAUUACCAGCCCAUGAAAAUUAAACCUAUAGUACAGGAGGAAGCGUUGCCGUCAAGUGGUAUGAAUCCUUUAAAUGAAGCAGCGCAGACGAGUUCUUCGAAUGCAGGAAAAGCAACCACCACCGUAGAUCAGCAUACCGCAACGAACCAGAAGACCAAAAAUAACUGGUAUAGGCCAGUAGAUAAUGGGAGCACAAACUAUAAAAUUUCGAAUAAAAACGAAUUUGACAUAGUGGCAAAUAGACCGCUAGACUUUAUAGGCGCCGACAGUAAACUCUAUCUCAUGGAUCGCGGAAAUUAUUACUUCAGUGGGCGGCCAUUUAGACUGCAGGUGGCGCAUGCGCAACCAAAGAAUCAACUAACGUCACUUAAUCUUAAAUCAAAACUAUAUUUUAAUAAAAAAAUUAUUUAUUAAAGAUAUUAUAUACGACCAAUAGAUCUGUUUUAAUUUCUUAUGUCGGAGCAGAAAAUUUUCUCUUCAACAAUUUCCUUGUUUACAGUUAAGCAUUUUUAAAUCCAUCGACCUUGCGAGUCCAUACAAACAAACUUACUAACCUAACCAACGCGCUCGCUUCCUUUUCUUUUGCCUUAGACAUAAAAUUUGUGAAAGUCAAACGCCGAUGAUUUUUCUUUUCUUAACAAAUUAAUAAUAUACAUAGGUACACGCUAAAAUACAGCAACAAAAGAUGCAAUUAUGGACUGAGAAAGCGUUCGCGAAGGUUGAA